AUGUCCGACGUCCCACCAACCGAGUCCAUUCCCAAACCAGAAGAACCUAAAGCACCAGCCCCUGCACCUCAGCAACCACAACAACCUCAGUUCCAGCAAGUACCUCCGAAUUACUACCAAUUUCCACCUCAAGGUUACUACCCACCACAAGGCUUCCCGAACUACCCUCCUCAGCCUAUGCCUUACUUCCCCAACCCUUGGAUGUUCCAGCAAGCUCCACCCCAGCAAUUCCAAUUCCAAUCUCAAUCGAAGAGAGACCAAGACUUCGAAGAAGGUCUGAACCGCUUACGCAAAGAGUAUGCUACAGCUCCAAUUGAGAGAAAGUUGUUCCCGGACCAAAAAAUAUAUUUUAGGUGA